AAAGUUUACAGGUUGUUCUGCGUGCGUGGAAGUUGACUGAAGCUACGCGGGGCACGUCUUCCAAACUGAAGCCGUGAUAUGAACGGUGAAAAACAAACGACAUCAUUGCUCCAGCAUGAUGCGACUCGUGCCGUUUCUGCUCUGCAUCUGCCUGACGGAUGCAGCAGCCUUUCACCAUUAUGUGCACAAUCAGAGAGUCAUAGGAGGACACGAUGCUGCGCCCAACACCUGGAGGUGGCAGGUCUCUCUCCAGUACGACUCAUACAGCGAUGGUUCCUACUACCACUUGUGUGGCGGCACCAUCAUUGACAGUUUCUACAUCAUGACUGCAGCUCACUGCAUCCUCAGUGUGCAGGCUAAUCGGUACCUUGUGGUGGUGGGAGAGCACAACCUAGAUAAGUAUGAGGGUAGUGAGCAGUUCAUCCGCGUGGAAAGGAUCAUCCUCCAUCCGGGCUGGAAUGGAGAUCUUGCCAAAGGAAACGAUCUCGCUCUCUUAAAACUGUUUAAUCCUGUGCAAAACAAUGGAUACGUGGAAAUCGCCAACCUCCCCCGCCCUGAUCAUGUGCUGCCUCAUGGCUUCCCCUGUUACAUCACAGGCUGGGGCCUCGUGGGCUACGGAGGAGGCAUCGCCGCCGUCCUGCAGGAGGCGCCCAUCCCCGUGGUGGAGCACGCCGUGUGCUCGCAGCCCGGCUGGUGGGGGGGGGCUGCUCUGAACACCAUGGUGUGUGCUGGAGGGGAUGGAGUCAUAUCAGGCUGUCAGGGCGACUCCGGCGGUCCCCUGAGCUGUUACUCUGACGGGGCCUGGAGAGUCCACGGUGUCGUGAGCUACGGCCCAGCUGGCCAGUGCAACCAAGUGACUAAACCCACCGUCUUCACCAGAGUCUCGGCCUUUGAGGACUGGAUCUAUUCAAUUGUAAUGAGUGUUUAGAUGUCGCAGUCACCCUGUCUACCGGAGGCUAUUUAAUAAAAUUUACAUGCAUCUCA